UACCUACAAGAUUUGUUAGUGUAUAUGCAGUAUGCUCCUGCUCGUGGUGAUAGGCGAUCUUCCACGUUCGUUCGUUCGCGUACGCUUAAAGAUAUGGCGAACAAAAUUCUGGAACGUGAGAUCUGGCCAGUGUGUUUGCAAGGGAACGGGUGUACUGAUGUUAGUUGUGGUGUUUAAAUGCGCUGCUGUACUCGUAUCCUUGUUUAAAGUUCAAUCUGAAAUGCUGUGUAUUCUGGAGAACUGUGUUGUUGUGUGUGUCUGCUGCCUCCAAUUGGGCUCUUGCCCUGAAUGUGUGCGGACGUUAAACCAUUAAACCUAAACCUACAAGUCGGUGUACAGUUGCGGACUCGCACGUCACCGAAAGCUCUAAGAACUGUGACAGCGUGGCCCCACUGGCCAAAAGUUCCAAAGGGGGGAAGUGUUCGCUUCUGGAAAACGGAUACCCUGUUUAUCCUUUAGUGAUGGAAACGCUGGGAGUUUUCGGUCCGGCUCUAAGUGAGCUGCUACAUUUUAUGCGUUGCAAAAUUCGAGACUUAACUGGAGAAGCGCGCGUUCUGCUGCUUUCCUCAACCAGGGAUAUUGUAUUCUUAUUUCUUGUUGUUGUUAAAGGAAAUGCUAUGGCUAUUUUAAGUCAGAGACUUUGGUUGUUUUUUUAAUGUUUAAAAAUUCUAACUGCUAAGUAGUGUACCAGCGCUAGCAUGUGGGUUCUUUCACGUCUUUGGGAGGCUAUUGCCAAUAUAGUAAACCUACAAGUACGUAGUAUGUGCGGUACUUUUGCUACACUAUUAAUUUCUUUCGAAUCAUGAUUCUUAUGGCUGCAGCCAGACAUUACUGCUUAAAAAUGAGAUUUCUUGUACUUUGACGUUUUUGGCAUUCCGGAUGUUUUCGCAAUAUGGAUUCGCGUACCGUGUCCGAAUUGCGGAAAACUUAUGGAAAACAUACAGUACUAGUACUUGUACUCGCAGUGCCGCACACUCGCAUGCCGCCCUUUUCUGUUAGUGUGGUUACGCAGUGUUCUUGUGUUGGCGCUGCGAACGGCCAGCCGGAAGCGCCCUGCUUGGAGCAAACAAUUGUACGCGGGCAGUGUCCGUACAGCUUGGAAAAGGAUGCGAGGUCACGAAGCAGUUAAGAUUACGAUUUACGACUACCAGAAACGAGAAACACCAGUUUACUGUGCGGCCAGAUCGCUGGCCUAGUUUAUUAGAACAACGUCCCGUACGAACGGAAGAAGAAACAAAACUACAUCAGGUUUAGAAACAGAAUGGACAGCGUCCGAUAAUGUGUCUACUCAAGCUACGCGCAUGGGGAACUGGUCAGAACAGGUUGCCACACAUGGUGAACCGCUAAUUGUGCACCUUCCAGCACGAUAUCCGUGACAACCUGGAUUUCGAAACGCGUGCGCUUUCAUCCCGCGAGGCUCGAUAUAUGCAGGUGCUGGCGCGAUCCUCUCCCAACCACCCCUGGGAGUGGCAUGCGGCCACGCUCAUGGGGGGCAGCCUAUUCUGGCAUCGUUACUGCAUCGUAGUCAUCCACCUGGAUGGGCGCGUCCUGCGCCGAUGGAUCCGGGCGCACGCCCUGCGUUUUGAGCCGUAUUUCGAACCGGCGGCACGCGCUGACGUUAAGAAAAAUGGUUUUGCGAAGCGCACCGUUGCGCUACCGGACGAAUAUGUGGGUGAGGACCUCCUAGACACACCUCUGUGGAACGCCUUGAUCGAGGUGACGAAGGAUUGCGUGUUUCCGGUUGGAUUAAGGGAUGGAUCGUUGGUGUACGUGCAGGAUGCGAAGGACAAACCGCUACAGGCCGGGCAUCUGAAAACGUUAUUUGGGUCCGCGAAUAAUAAGCUCGUCGAGCAAUUUUACUCGCAUACGGUGUUAGUUCCCGCUCUUGGUCCGCAGAAUCAACCAGACCAUUUGCCAGUGUUGCCCUCGGAAAUCCACAUGGAGAUCCUCCGUAUGUUGGACAGUGUGCAACGCCAACAAUGUCGCCGUGUCUGCUGGAUGUGGAACCGCAUCAUACAACGGGAGAACAGUGGCCGGGAAAUCUGGGUGUCCUUCUCCCAUCAACGUCUCCUGGAAGGAUCGCCGCGUACGGCCACUGUCCCCGACGAAGCUGCCUGGCGCCGAUCGGCGUAUCUGUUGGGAAGGUGUCUGUGGAAAUUCCGCACGGCGGAUGUGGAUACGAUCAUCAUCAGCCGCGCCACCGAGCAGCAGGAUGACAAUGGCGUUCUCAGCGAUACCCUGCGCUUAAUUAACCUGGCGUGGCGACGUCGGCCGUCCACCGGACGAACGCUCAUCCUCCAUCAAUUCCACUGGGAUCUUGACUUUGCUCUGCACGCGGAGAUGCAGCAUGUAGAGAGGCUGGUGUGGAAGAAUUGCACGUUCUCAGAUCCUCGUUUUGGGCACUUUAGCCGGCAGCCUGUCUUGAACCUGGUCGGCCAGCAGGACGUUGAUGAGGGGCGCCAAGGGAAGGGUAUGGAUGUGUAUGGUGCCUUGCAGGCCAGUCUGCCGGAGGUCAGUGCCGAUGAAAUGGCGCAGCUGUAUCAGUGGAUGGAGGAGGCCAGGGAGCGGCCGUGCGGGAUGACACCGAUGAACAAGAUUGUAGGGUUCUACAUGUAUAAUGAUCCGCAAGGGCACUGGGCUCGCAAUAUUGCCGGUGGGAUGGCGGUGAUCUUGCAUACGCAUGGUCUGGCCAAAUUAACCCGGCUGACACUCCACGCAUUAUUGCGGGAGAUGCAGCGCGCACGCGUUAUUGCGCGGGAGACCGCGCCCCUUUCCCAACCGCGUCCUCUGCCCAAGAGCCGGUGUUGUGUGACCUAAAUGGAUCGGCCGGCGGCAUGCUAACGACCAACCGUGCCACCAACUUACCAAGCCUCAUUCGUUACCGCGCGUGGCGAUAUUCUAACAGCAUGUUUGAAAAUUUCGUCAGGAAUUUUCUUUACCAAGCUUUGCACUCUUUUCUGGUUUGAUUUUUCUACAUAAUAAACCCGUCCAUUAUAGGAUCUGUCAUACAAGUGGGAGAACCUGCGAUUCUUGGCAGUAUUUUUGAAUUUUUGCAUGUGCAUAAUUUGUUUUAAUGGUGUCAUCUGUUGCCCAUACUGACCGUCAUUGCUUA